GUCGUCCUUCAACUCCAUGUCGCCUUCUCUCGGUCUCUUCCUUCGCUACGGAAUUUUGGCGGUUAUUUUUAAGAAUGGUUUCUGUGACGAACACGAAUACAGAUUGACAAAAUACUUGUUGGAUGGAUACGAUGCCGCUGUGAGACCAGCAAAAAAUUCCUCUCAACCUUUGGCCGUUGUCUUUGGUCUUUCUCUUCAUCAUAUCAUCGAUGUGGAUGAAAAAAAUCAAAUACUAACCACUAAUUGUUGGGUCACGCAAAUUUGGACCGAUCAUCAUUUGAAAUGGAAUAUCUCGGAUUUCGCAGGAAUUCGAGUAAUUCGUGUCCCAUACAAUCGAGUUUGGAGACCUGAUAUUAUACUCUAUAACAACGCAGAUCCGCAGUACAGUUCAGCGAUUAUAAAUACAAACGUGAUCGUCAGUCACACGGGCGAAGUAGUAUGGCUCAGUCAUGGUAUUUUUCGUAGCAGCUGUGACAUAGAUGUUGAAUUUUUUCCGUUCGACGAACAAAGGUGUGCCUUGAAGUGGGCAUCUUGGACUUACGAUGGAUAUCAGCUCGAACUUGAGAAACAGAGCGAAAAAGGCGAUGUAACUAAUUAUAAAGCAAAUGGUGAAUUCGAUCUCGUGAAUUUUUCUGCCAGACGAAACAUCGAGUAUUAUUCGUGUUGUCCAGAACCUUACCCGGAUAUCACUUAUGAGAUUCGCUUACGACGACGAUCCAUGUUUUACGUCUUCAAUCUCAUCCUUCCUUGUAUACUUAUCAACGGUAUCGCUCUACUGGUAUUCUAUGUACCUUCGGAAUCUGGAGAAAAAGUUACUCUUGGGAUCUCAGCUCUUCUUUCGAUGACCGUCUUUCUAAUGACAAUACGCGAGACUCUUCCACCGACGGAAAAGACACCUUUGAUCAGUCUCUAUUAUGGAGUAAGCAUUUGUCUCGUGUCGUUCGCGUCAGGAUUAGCGGUAUUGACUUUGAAUUUACAUCAUCGUGGCACGAGAGUACCCGAAGUUGUGAGAUCGUUAUUCCUACACAAGCUGGCAAGAAUAGUGUUUCUUAAUUUUCAAGAAGAAAAUAAGCCGGGAUCUGCAGAAUCGAUGAGAAAGGUAAAUAGUUGUCCAUUACAUUCUAAAACUGAUUUACCUCAACAACAAAUGACGUCACCUAAGCACGUUAAGAGAAAGCAGGAUGACGAUAGCAGCAGUCCUAAUCUUCAUUUUGGAAAAGAUACUAAUUUGGAAACUCAGUGGACUCGCAUUUUGGGAAGAGUGCAUGCUACUAUUGAGAGCAACGAGAGACGUCUAGCUGAACAAGAUAAAAGAGAAAGAACGGAAUUAGAAUGGAAACAAAUCGCUCUUGUUAGCGAUCGUAUAUUGUUAGGUAUUUUCUUUCUUAUGACUGUCGUUAGCACAGCUGUUAUUUUAUACGGUUCACCACCUACUACGGAAAGCAAAAACGAUGACUAAUCGUAGAAAUUAUUUUAGAUUUUAUUAAAGUCAAUUUUGUAUAAAACGUCAAAUUACAAUUGUUCGCUAUGUCGAUUAUAUUUAAUCAUAUAAUAUAUAUAAAAAAAGAAAACAUUAAAUUAUUAGAAUGACAGUAAUUAAACAAGCAAAUAAGACUUCGAAACUCGUUGUAUAGUUCGAUUGUGAUUUCUUUUUUUCGUGCGGCUAAUAUUAAGAGCAUGUUUAGCUAUACUUUUUUACACUGUGGAAUUUAAUAAUCAUAAGUUUACUUGUUAAAGAGAGACGUCAUUGUAAAUAUUAUAUCGAGUAUUAUAUACGAAUACCUAUCUCAGCUGCAUAAUUCAAUCGAUAAUUCAGUGAGUAAUAAAUAAUAAGAUAUAAUUGCUAUUUUAUUAAAUUUCAAGUAAUGUUUGCUUACAGUAUUUACUUCUUAUAAUUAAUUUAAAUUCUUAUGAAAAAUAUACGGUAUUAAAGUUGGAAAAUAUUAAGCCAAGGAAAGGUUCGUUUAAAAGUAUAAUGUUAUAUAGAAUUGUUACAAAUUAUGUAGUAAUAAAUAUCUUCAAAUAGCA